ACAUACCACAUAACUGUCCUAGAGUAAAAUACAUAGUACAUUCAUUUCAGCUUUGUUUAUAAGCUGUCCAGAAACAAACUGCAACCCAUUUCUGGGUCAUGACCCAAGCUGACUUAGAGAUAACUCUAGAGAUAAUAAAUCUUACCAUUAGGGGCAAGCUAUUCAACUCCAGGUUGGACCGAAUGUGUGUAAUGAGUGUAAUAAAUCACACUGGACAAAACUGCAUGCCUCAUGGUGCAGAGUGUAGUGCCUGAAUGUGUGUGAUCUUACUAAGUGUUUCUCGGGUACAUGUGGGAAAAGUGAAAAAUAGCACUUCUGAAAAGUCCAACAAAUAGCACCAGAGUGCUACUAGCAGCACCGCGGACCAAGCUGAGAGAGACUGUUUAGAGGAACAUGAGAGUGUUGGUGUUUUAUAAGAGGCAAAGGGGGAGACGACUAUGUUACGCAUUUUUUUUUUUCGGGUGGUGUCAGAAAGCUCUGCAAAACCCACAGUCCUGUUUUGAUCAAGAACCUAAAGUACGUGGGAGUCUGGAAAGGAGGAAGAUAAAUAGAGAAGGAGGGGGAGAAAGAGAGUUUAAAGAAGACUGCUGGUAGGAGAGAGUGAAUAUAACCACCCACCUAUGCCGCUGUCAGACUGGUGGUCAAAAAAGCAGACACUUCCAGACACUCGCAGAAAACAAGCAGUGACAAAAGUGAAAGAGAGAGUGUAAGAGCUCCCAGGACAGAGGGAGAGUUUGACUGAGACACAGAACAGAGUGAAAACUUAAGUCCAAAGAAGCAGGAUACACAGCAGGGAUAGAGACAGCCUCAGGACCAGACGAGUGAAUGGAUACCUUUUGCAGUCUAAGUGGACUUGACCCUCUAUGGGACUGGAAUCAGACGUGGUACACGCAUAGGCCUGAACUGAGCAACUGCUUCCAGAACACAGUCCUUGUGUGGGCUCCGUGCAUCUACCUGUGGGUCCUUUCUCCAUUUUACUGCCUCCAUCUCUACUGCCAUGGCCGAGGUCGGCUGCCGCUUUCUUCGCUCUGCAAUGCAAAGCUGUUGUUGGGGUUCUUCUUGGCGUCGUUUGGAUUCGUGGAAUUCUUCUACAUCCUGUUGGAAAGAAGACUAGAAAUACACCAACACCUUGUCUUCUUGCUCAGUCCCAUCAUGCGCAGUCUCACUGUGGUGUUAGCGGUGUGUGUGAUUCAUUGGGAGAGAGUGCGGGGAUGCCGUUCCUCCGUCUUCCUGUUCUUCUUCUGGCUGUUGGGUGUGCUCUGCUCCAUUAUUCCACUUCACGCAAAGGUCCAGCUGGCUGUGGAGCAGGGUCUCUCUCCGGAUAUUGUGCGGUACUUGGCCUUUUUCUCCUACUUCGCCUUGCAGUUGGCCCAACUCUUCCUCAGCUGUUUUGCAGACCAGGCACCCUUAGGCAAAGCCGUCCACAAGAAUGCAUGUCCUGUUCAAGAUGCGUCCUUCUUGUCCAAGAUCCUCUUCUGGUGGUUCAGCGGGUUAAUAUUUAAAGGAUACCGUUCUCCUCUGCAAGCAGAAGAUUUGUGGAGUCUGAGAGAAGAAGAUACUUCUGAGAGGAUCAUUUCUGACCUGGAGGAAGAAUGGACAGCAAAGCGCACCAAACUACAGCAGCAGGAGAACCACAUGAGCACCAGUGCUGCUUUGGGAUCUCGUCUACCAGACCAAGCCCAACUGCUCAGGAAGAUUCAGAAGGAGCAGAGUUCGGGAUUUUGCCUCUUAAGAACACUUGCGCGCAGCUUCGGACCAUAUUUCCUAACCGGCACCCUGUGCCUUAUAGUCCACGAUGUCUUCAUGUUUUCAGUUCCACAAGUUCUAAGUCUUUUAUUAGGCUUUAUGAAGGAUGAGGACACACCCCUGUGGAAGGGCUAUUUCUACGCCACACUUAUGUUCCUCCUGUCCUGCCUUCAGUCUGUUUUCAACCACCAAUACACAUACACCUGCUUUACUGUGGGCAUGAGGGUCAAAACAGCUGUCAUGGGUCUAGUCUACAGAAAGUCUCUUGUUAUGAACAGUUCAGCGCGCAGAACCUGCACAGUAGGGGAGAUAGUCAAUCUGGUGUCUGCCGAUACACAGAAGCUGAUGGAUUUUGUGGUGUAUUUCAAUGCAGUGUGGCUGGCACCCAUUGAGGUCACACUCUGUCUCUUUUUUCUUUGGCAGCAUUUGGGACCCUCAGCACUUGCGGGCAUUGCCACAGUGAUUUUCAUCUUUCCUCUGAACGGAUUUAUUGCAAGAAAGAGAAGCAAGCUCCAGGAGAUACAAAUGAAGUACAUGGAUGGACGAGUCAAGCUAAUGAAUGAGAUUCUCAAUGGCAUCAAGAUUUUGAAGUUCUAUGCCUGGGAAAAGGCUUUUCUGGAGCAGGUCUUAGGAUACAGAGAAAAGGAGCUUAAAACUUUGAAGAAAUCACAGAUCUUAUACUCUGUGUCUCUUGCCUCCUUUAACUCGUCAUCCUUUCUGAUUGCGUUUGCCAUGUUUGGUGUCUAUGUGCUCAUUGAUGAUAAGAAUGUCUUGGAUGCUCAAAAAAUCUUUGUGUCAAUGGCUCUCAUCAACAUACUGAAAACUCCUCUAAGCCAGCUUCCAUUUGCCAUGAGCACGACCAUGCAGGCUCUUGUUUCCUUAAAGCGCCUGGGAAAAUUUCUGUGUCAAGAUGAACUCAAACCAGACAACGUGGCAAGAGAAUCCUUCAAAUCUGAUGUGGAUGGUGUCGUGUUUGAUAAUGGAACCUUUAGCUGGUCUAAGGAUGGACCCCCAUGUUUAAAAAGGAUCAGUGUUAAAGUUCCCUGUGGCUCACUGGUUGCUGUUGUCGGCCAUGUUGGCAGUGGAAAAUCCUCGCUGCUUUCUGCCAUGCUUGGGGAGACUGAAAAAAGAAGCGGGACUGUCUCAGUCAAGGGCUCCAUUGCCUACGUACCCCAGCAAGCUUGGAUCCAAAACGCCAGUCUGCAGGAUAACAUUCUGUUUGGACGGGAAAAAAAAGAAAGCUGGUACCAGCGAGUGCUGGAGGCCUGUGCCCUGUUGCCAGAUCUGGACAAUCUACCUGCAGGAGAUGCCACUGAGAUUGGAGAGAAGGGUUUAAAUUUGUCUGGAGGACAGAAACAGAGGGUGAGCCUGGCACGCGCUGUUUACAGGAAAGGUGACGUGUAUCUGCUUGAUGAUCCCCUGUCUGCUGUGGAUGCACACGUCGGUCAGCACAUUUUCAACAAAGUCAUUGGGCCCAAAGGCAUACUGAGAGACAAGACACGAGUUUUGGUAACCCAUGGCAUGAGCUUCCUGCCUCAGGCAGACUUGAUCUUGGUUCUGGUGGAUGGGGAGAUCAGUGAGAGAGGCUCAUAUCAAGAACUUCUGAACCGCAAUGGGGCUUUUGCUGAUUUCAUCCACACGUUUGCAAACUCCGAAAGGAAAGAGUGCUUUUCGGAGGCCCUUCAAAGAGGCUCCAGAAAGUCCGUAAGAUUGAGUGUUACUGACUACAUGCCGUUUUCGAGGGAUCUAUCUCAAGAGCAGUUAAUCGGUGGUGACACAAACAGCAUUGCUAUUGAACCACUACCUGAUUCUGAUGAAGACCACAUCCCAGAGGACCUGGGGAAACUUACGAAGGUUGACAAAGCACGGAUAGGCAGAGUCAAACUUGAGAUGUACAUCGAAUACUUCCGUACCAUUGGUUUACCUUUAAUAAUUUCCAUAGUAUUUCUCUACGCCUUCCAACAAGCAGCGUCUCUGUCAAAUAAUUACUGGUUGAGCUUGUGGGCCGACCAGCCUGUGAUCAACGGCACUCAAUUAAACACAGAUCUGAAAUUGGGAGUCUAUGGAGCUCUCGGCUUUGCACAAGGAAUUUCCAUAUUUGGUACCACUGUGGCCAUCUCAUUAGGGUGCAUCAUUGCCUCUCGUCAUCUUCACUUGGACCUUCUGAACAAUGUUCUCCACUCACCCAUGUCGUUCUUUGAAUCCACUCCCAGCGGCAACCUCCUCAAUCGUUUUGCUAAAGAGAUAGACGCCAUAGACAAUAUGAUUCCAGAUGGGCUAAAGAUGAUGCUAAGUUACUUCUUCAAACUCACAGAAGUCUGUAUCAUUGUGUUGAUGGCCACUCCUUUCGCUGCAGUUAUCAUCCUCCCUAUGGUUUUCCUCUAUGGUUUCAUACAGAGUUUCUAUGUGGCCACAUCCUGCCAGCUGCGGCGGUUGGAGUCAGUGAGUCGCUCUCCCAUCUACACGCACUUAAAUGAAACAGUGCAAGGCGCCAGUGUCAUCCGGGCAUUUAAUGAGCAGUCACGCUUUAUCAUGGGUGCCAAUCACAAGGUGGAUCAUAACCAAACUGCUUACUUCCCGAGAUUCAUAGCCACAAGGUGGUUGGGUGUAAAUUUGGAGUUUCUGGGUAAUGGCAUUGUUCUUGCUGCUUCUAUUCUGUCUGUGAUGGCAAAAGGAACCCUGAGCCCUGGAAUGGUUGGACUGGCAGUGUCUCAUUCACUUCAGGUGACCGGCUUCCUGAGUUGGAUUGUAAGGUCAUGGACAGAUGUAGAAAACAACAUUGUGUCAGUUGAGAGAGUGAAAGAGUAUGCAGACACACCGAAAGAAGCAGCUUGGAGCAUAGAGGGAAGCUCUUUGCCCCCUUCUUGGCCUCAAACAGGGACCAUAGAAUUUCAAGAUUAUGGCCUUCAAUACCGUAAAGGCCUUGAGCUGGCUCUAAAGGGCAUCUCUGUUCACAUCCAUGAGCGGGAGAAGAUUGGUAUUGUGGGAAGAACUGGUGCAGGAAAGUCAUCGUUGGCUCUUGGAAUUUUCCGAAUCUUGGAAGCAGCAAAAGGAGAGAUUUACAUUGAUGGAAUCAAUAUCGCAGAGAUCGGGCUUCAUGAUCUAAGAUCCCGCAUCACCAUUAUUCCACAAGACCCAGUGCUGUUCUCUGGAUCUCUCCGCAUGAACCUCGACCCCUUCAACGCCUAUUCUGAUGAGGAGGUGUGGAAUGCCCUGGAACUGGCUCAUCUUAAAAACUUUGUGUCUGAACUGCCAGAUAAACUCAACCAUGAAUGCUCAGAAGGUGGAGAAAAUCUCAGUCUUGGUCAGAGGCAGCUGGUAUGCCUAGCAAGAGCUCUUCUCAGAAAGACAAAAGUUCUGGUGCUGGAUGAGGCAACAGCUGCACUGGACCUGGAGACAGACACGCUGAUCCAGUCAACCAUCCGCAGCCAGUUUGAGGAUUGUGCAGUUCUUACUAUAGCACACCGCCUCAAUACCAUCAUGGACUACACAAAGGUAAUUGUUAUGGAUAAAGGACAUGUCGUUGAAAUGGAUUCUCCCAGUAACCUUAUAGCAAAGAGAGGCCAGUUUUACUACAUGUGUCGGGAAGCUGGACUCUUGUAAGACUUUAUAAAUCGCUUGUCUUCUUGCGCCCUCAUGUGGUGAAAACAGAAUCUUCAGAUUCUUCAUUUCUCAGUGCAGAACACAGAGGGACAUCAUAACCCACCUGGUGCUUCACAAAGGAAAACAAAAAAGCCCAGGCACUUGAAUUACACUUUUCCCCUGAUAUGAAAAUGGUUUGCUUGAUAAAUCUGAACUGAAGCUAAGAUGCAAGUGUUUACUCAGGUUACCUCCAUGGACAGUGCUAUUUUAAGCAGCUCUAAAGAAUGAGGAAAGGGGUUUAGCAUUCUGCCGGAAGUAAAUAAUGGUGCUUUCAGCGUUAUUACAGAAAGUUGUAGCUGAUAGAAACCUGUAAAUCUGCAUCUAAUUAAACAGGCACAAGGUAUUGAGGGAGGAUAGUGUUAUGCAUGUGCCACACUCAAUAAAAGAACAUGAAUGUGAAUAGCUAAGAUGCUAGGCAGGUUUUUAUAAAAAGAAAAAUCAAUGAAGACAUUUAUAUAAGCUCUAGUGGUUUCACAGUUCUUCUCACAGACAGUUACGUGAAGAAAGGAGAAUAAAUAUGUUUACUAACAUAUUGCCACAUAUACUUGACCUGAAAUUCCCAGAAAAAAUUCCAGACUCCUUUUCAGACACUAAUUAAAGCUUUACGAGAGGGUUUAGGGAGAAAUGCAGUAUAGUCGCCCAAGUAGCUUGUGGUGUUUGUUUCAGCCAAAGUACACACAGACACACACAAAAAAAGAACAGAUGAAAAUACACGCAGUACAGAGUAAUAUUACACGUCUUUAUAACUGCUGAUCUAAUAUCUCAAGAAAAUACAGUUCAGCAUACUGAAGGCAAGAUUAAGAUAUUUUUAUUUCGCAAAUUUGCACUUCAGUUUGAGAAAUCCCAAGUGUUUUGUUCUCUGUUAAUGGUUACUGUAGAUAAUAGUUCUCAAACUCAAUUCCUGGAGAGCCGCAGCACUGCACAGUUUUGCUCCAACCCUAAUCAAACACCGCUCAUGCAACUAAUCAAGACUCACCUCAAUUAUUAGGAUCAGCUGUGUUGGAUUAGGGUUGGAGCAAAACUGUGCAGAGCUGCGGCCCUCCAGGAAUUGAGUUUGAGAACUAUGCUGUAGAUCUUUAGAAAUAUUUUAAUCUUAAAAUUGGACAUAAAAAACACUACAUCUCGUCUUGUAAGACAAUGCGCAAAGUGCCUUUUUGACACUCCAGAUUUUAUUUAUAUUUUAUAUUUAAUCUUUGACACUUCAUCUCAUGUUUUGUAUGUUUAUACUUGUAAUAUCUGUAUAAAGAAACCUUUGACAUCUUGUCUAAAACGUGUCUUCUAUAAAUAUCUUUGUAUUUGA